AAAGUGAUAAUACAAAAACAUACAUAGUGAAUAUUAGUGAAUUGCUACUGGUUUGGUUUCUUCAAUUUUGCUCUGCAUAGAGUUUGUGAAUAAUUAUUCAAUCGUAACUAAAUAUUUCAGGCGAUAAAAUUGCAGAAAUAAUUUAAUAAUAUUUACGACGAUUUGUGGUUCCACAAUAUUCUUAAUGUUGGUUUUUGGUGUUGUUCAAUUUUGACGUAAUAGAAAGUGGCUGUCAAACGUUGUACAGCGAAAAAGUGAUUAAUACAUAAUUAAAAAGCUGUCAAGCAAGGCAAAUAAUGCUGGAGAAUUUAAUUGUAUAAUCAACGCUUAUUUUGGUAAAUAAAAAGAUAAUAAACAUUUUCAAAUAUUAACAAGUGCUUCUACAGCUUUUAGUGAAAAUUUGCCGGGAAAAUUUCAGCUUUGGUUGGACAACUAAAAGUGACAACAACAGCGGAGAGUAUAGCCUCCAAAAGAUGAAACGCUGAGUGCAAUGUUUAUGCCUCCCCCGAUGGAAUAUAUAUACAACGCAAACGCACUUGAGACACUAUCCACACGAACGUACGAAUCCCACAAUCGUGUACGGGUGAAUACCGAUGCAGUCGUAGGCUCAAACAGCAGCGCUCUUGCGACAUUUGUUAGAUUGUGAAGAGCCAGCAACGCGUCGAGAGCAUUUUCCGGACGUUCGCGCUUUAUAGACCGUGACCAAAAGAAAAUCAGUCAACGCUGACACUGGCCCUUUUAAUUACUUGAGGGUCAUAUCAACGGAAAUCACGCAACAAUUUCUUUUGCAAAAAAUAAAAAUAAAAAAAAUAGUUCACAUUGUGAUUAUCACAUUACUCGUAAAGUGUAUAUAUUCUGUCUAACCUGCCUUGUCGUGCCGCCGCAUAAACGUUGGAACCGCGCGCUACGCGUUCGGUUGUAAAAAAGACCCUGAAUUGAAAUCGAUUUUUUCUUCAUUUUACACGCUACUAAAGAGAAUUUACAACUACGAAGGAGUAGUUAAAAAAAGGCUAUAUAUACGAAAAGUAACUAACAAAAACCUAAAUUUACAUAAAAAUUUGUAAAGGUUUUCCAAAAAAGUGAAGAGCUGCGAAGAAAAGUCACUCCGGUGUGGUAAAUGUGAGAAAUAAAAGAUUUGAAAUAGCGAAAGUAUAGAAGAGACAAAAAACAACGUGAUAGAAAACCCGAUACACAAAAACCAUCUACCAACAAUCAAAAUCCAAUCCACUCUCAUUCAUAGCUGCUUUGGCGUUCUAGUAACAAUUUGCGCUGAUUUUUGCCAUCAUAACCCACCCCUCUCUAUUGUUGUUCGGAAGCUUUCAACGAUAAGCUACAUUUUCGACAUUGUGCUCGUCCAACAGCGUCAUCACCUUCAUCGUCAUCAUAAACAGCGAACGCAACAGCAGAUACCAACAAUUUUUCUCCCUGCGCGUGUGUUAAAUUAUACCAUUGAAUGCUUCAAGUGCUGGUUAUAGAAAGAAGGUGGUUAUCAAAAGGAAAUCAAAAAAUUUGAAAGAUUACAUUUUGUGGAUGUUAAAUAAUUCUAGAGUUACAACUUUCAAGUUAAUUUAUUUAGUUUUGUAUAUAAUAUCCCAAAAAAAAUCUAUGUUUAACAUUUAAAAGCAAAAAGUUACAUACAGUUUGUGAAUACGAAAAUAACACACAAAAGUGAGCAGAAAGUGAGUCAUGCUGCCGUUGCUAUUGUCGCUUAAGCUAUCGCUAUCGUCGCUGUUAAUGUCGCCCAAAUUAUUGUUGAGUGUCGUUGUGGAUAUCGCAGUAAAUUGAAUUUGUUGACCGUGAGCAUUGCCUUCAUAGCUACACAUACCAAUACACACGUUUAAAAUCCAUUUUGCCUCCGUUCACAACGUGAAAUAACAUAAAUGCGAAUAAUUCGUAUGCUGAUAUAAUAUUCAGAAGCAACACUUACUACAAAUGUAUAAAAUAAUCAAAGAAGCCGUGUUGUAGUGACAUAAAUAAUAUAGAAAAAAAGUCAAUAAUUUAAUUCAGAAAUAUCAAAAAGCAACGCCUCAAAAAAUAACCAUUGUCAAGACAGCGGUACGGCGGCUUGUUCCAAACGUUCGCAAUCCGUAAGGAAAAAUCGAUAAUCGCCAUACGAACGGGCCACAAACAACCGCGCGCGUCCACCCACCACCGCAAGAAAAUAUUCAGGCGUGGAAAGUGUUGCACACACGAAGUACGCUGCGAGACCGACAAAAUUACUAGUGUUAAAUGGAAAAGCAAAAACGAAUUGGCGUAUAAAGAAGAAAAGCAAAAAAAUUGUAUUGUGCUGGUGUCAAGUUCACCAUAAGUAUAGUAUAUCAAAAUUCAAUUAAUCUAAUUUUGAAACAAAUAAAAAGUGAUAAGCUAAAUUAGUAUUUCUGACGAGCAUUAACUGCCACAAAAAAAAAAAAAUUAAAAACGCCUUGAAAUUGAGCAAAGCCAAAUCCACGGUCCCUUGAAAAAAAAUCUAAAAUUUAGCUCAACAAAGACAACGAACGACGAAAAUAUACGUCAACGAAAAUAAGUCAGCUAAUACAAAAUUAUACUUAGAAUAAAAAUUAAAUAAAAAGUACAAGGCAUACGUGCUAGCUUAAGAAGUGUUUCAGUGACACCAACCAACCACAAGCGACCAAAAAACAAAUAAAAACACCUCCGGUCUAGAAUAAAUAAAGCUGCAAAAUGACAAAAGACAGAUUAGCCGCACUUCAUGCAGCCCAAUCCGACGACGAAGAGUCGGAGGAAGUGGCUGUCAAUGUGGAUGCCCAUGAUUCUUACAUGGAUGAGUUCUUCAAGCAAGUGGAGGAGAUACGUGGCAUGAUCGAUCGGGUGCAAGACAAUGUCGAAGAAGUGAAAAAGAAGCAUUCGGCUAUACUCUCCGCCCCUCAGUCAGAUGAGAAAACCAAACAGGAGCUUGAAGAUUUAAUGGCCGAUAUUAAAAAGAAUGCCAAUCGUGUGCGUGGCAAGCUAAAAAGCAUCGAACAAAAUAUCGAGCAAGAGGAACAGCAGAACAAAUCGUCCGCCGAUUUGCGUAUACGCAAAACACAACAUUCAACGUUGUCACGAAAAUUCGUCGAGGUGAUGACAGAAUACAAUCGCACGCAAACGGAUUACCGAGAGCGUUGCAAAGGUAGAAUACAACGUCAACUAGAGAUUACUGGACGUGCAACGACCAGCGAAGAACUGGAAGAUAUGUUGGAGCAAGGCAAUCCAGCAGUAUUCACGCAAGGCAUUAUAAUGGAGACACAACAGGCCAAGCAAACGUUGGCCGAUAUAGAGGCUCGUCAUGCUGAUAUCAUGAAAUUGGAGACAUCGAUCAAAGAACUACACGACAUGUUCAUGGAUAUGGCUAUGUUGGUGGAGUCGCAAGGCGAGAUGAUCGAUCGCAUUGAAUAUCAUGUGGAGCAUGCUAUGGACUAUGUGCAGACGGCAACGCAAGACACAAAGAAGGCGCUUAAAUAUCAGAGCAAGGCGCGCCGAAAGAAGAUCAUGAUCCUGUUAUGUUUGACUGUGUUGGGUCUCAUAGUUGCUUCAUAUCUUGGGCUUAGUCUCGGCAAAGUGAUAUAACGAAAGAGAGUAAUAAUAAAUAUACACAUUUGCUGCUGUUGCAAUUAGUUAAAUUAUACAUAUAUUGUUUUCUUUGAAUCGCCUGCAUAAAUUAUAUAAGCACUUAGUCACGCAUGAGUAGUAGCUACGUUCCAAUAUACGCCUACUUUUGGUUGCAAUUGCUGCGUAUCAAAUCAUCAUCAUCAUCACCAUCGCACGAGUGAGAUCAGUACGAGCAGCUGCUUGCGGUUGGUAGCCCAUCUUUAUCAUAGUAGAACGCCAACGCUUGUACCUUGUAUGAAUGCAUUUUAGUAGACGCCUAAGCGUGUGCACGCACCAAAAAAUUUUGUUUUUUGAAAAUUUUGAAUUUCUUUACUGGGUGUGGCAUUUUACAAAUACAUACAUACGAACUUUUGCCUACUUGCUUAUGUAUUUGUAUGUCACCAAGUGUGAUGUGAGGCUAAAACAGAAUGAUAAAACCAAGCUAAGUAUAUUACAAACACCUAUGUACCUUACACACACUCAAAUGGAAUGAAAGUAUGAAAAACAUAAAAUAAAGGCAACUACAAUAACAAAAAAAAAAAAUGUAGUUUGCAACAACUUAGCCGCACCACCUUCAAGCACCAUGCAUUUAACUAUGAGCAGCACCGAUAAUGCGGCAAGUAACGCCGUCUCGAACGACCCGACAAAUUGCACUAUAAACGUUAACAACAACAACAACUAAUAACAAAUAAAGCGCAUGCACUUUUGUACGCUGCAAUUUCAAUUGCUGGCAACUGCACUGCAACCCAAAUAUAAUGCGCCGCCGUCUCUACAUACUAACAAUCGCACGUCAAUAAUGCACGCAAAAUAAAAAACAAAUGCGCCUCGCCUGUCUGUAUGCGAAAAAUAAAAAUAUUUGUAAAAAAGUAAAAAUAAUUUGCGGCUUCUUCGCUUUAUAUCAUUUAAAUCGAAAAGUAUAAACAAAAGCUGCCAAUCAAUGUACGAUCAUCACCACAAAAGGAAUAGAUAAAAUGUCAAACGCCAGCGAUCUACCAACCGCCAACAAACAAGCCAACCAACCUUGCCACCCAGCGCCUACUAACCAACAAAUUAAUUAGAAAUAUUACUAAAACCUAUGCGAAAAUACGCUGCAACUGCAACUGCUUGUGACUGCAAACUGUUUUGUCGCUGGUAAGUAGUUAAAGUAACAAAAAAAAACAAAAACAAUUACCACAAAUACAAUAAAAAUUGCUGUUGUUGGUACACAAAUAUAUAUGGUUGGUAACGCGUUGACUAAAGCAUUUUAUUCGCAGAAAUGUGCAAUGUGAAGAAAUGAAAAAUAUUUUCUUAAUUUAUACAAAAUUCUAAGAAAUCAAUUUGCUUUGUGUCAAACGUGGAGGCCUUGCCUGGGAACAAACGUUAUUCUUGUGUGUAUGUUGCAGCAGCAAAUUUGUUUUUAGUUUAUUAAUAUAUUUAAUUUACUUUCUUGCUAUUAUGGCGUAUUUAUGACAAAAACAAAAACAAAAACCAAGAAAAAAUGCAACAAACACAAAAACAAAAAAAAUCAAACAACAAAACAGCUGGUGCAUAUGAAAAUUAUUUUUGUUGAAACUUCUAAAUAGUAUGUGAUUUCUAUGAAUUACGCUAACAAACUAGUUUUAUAAUAAUUACAUAUAAAUAACAAAACAAAAAAAAAACAAAACAACAA